AUGGAGGACAUCACCGACAAGUUCAAGGAGGUGAAGGCCAAAGAAAUUCCUCGAGAGAGGCUGGCCCAAGUCAACAAGGAGAAAGGCGUUCAAUUCAAGGCUACAAUAGUGGUUCUCGCUACUUUCUUCUUUUAUAUCACCCUCCUCCACGGUCUCGGCAUUUUCCUCUUCACCAAAGGAUUUCUGCUCACGCGACUUGUCUUGAAUGAAAAGUCCGACUGCUCCUCUCCUCCACUUUCUCUACCCUCUCAUGCUGAGCCGGGAUGCUGGCACCCGCAAACAUUUACAAAAGCAGUCGUAAUAAUUAUAGAUGCUUUACGGUAUGACUUUACUGUCCCACGACCAGGCUCGACGCACCACUUUCACAAUGCACUGCAUGUCCUUCACGAGACCGCAACCCAGUAUCCCGCGAAAGCUUUCCUACUUCCCUUCAUUGCCGAUCCGCCCACCACUACCUUGCAGCGCUUGAAAGGCUUGACCACUGGAACACUACCUACAUUUAUAGAUGCUGGAUCGAAUUUCGCGGGAACUGCAAUUGAAGAGGAUAAUCUAGUCGCGCAACUCAAAGAUGCUGGGAGAAGAAUUGUGCAUCUCGGGGACGAUACAUGGCAUAGCUUAUUUCCAGGAUAUUUCGACACGAAUCUGACGCGGGCUUACGAUAGCUUCAAUGUAUGGGACCUGUUUACCGUCGAUAAUGGUGUUACGGAGCAUUUGUUUCCACUUCUGGAGGGCACAAAGAAGAGCAACUGGGACGUGAUAUUUGGGCAUUACUUAGGCGUCGAUCAUGCGGGGCAUCGAUAUGGUCCCGAUCACCCCGCCACAAAAGCGAAAUUGGAGGAGAUGGACAGUGUGGUGCGCAGAAUGGUUGACACACUGGACGAAGACACGUUGCUAGUCGUCAUGGGCGACCACGGAAUGGAUGUGAAAGGUGACCACGGAGGGGAGUCUGAUGAUGAAGUCGAGGCUGCUCUAUGGAUGUAUUCAAAGAAGGCUGUUUUUGGAAGAGGCCAUAACGGCUUUCUUACUCCACCUCCAAAUGCCAAAGACCGGCCUGUAGGUCAAAUCGAUUUGGUUCCGACAUUGGGCCUUUUGCUUGGCAUGCCAAUUCCCUUCAACAAUCUGGGAGCCCCUAUUGCUGAAGCGUUCGUGGGCGCCGGGAGACCGAACUGGGAGAACUUAGCAACAGUGAAUGCAUUGGCUGCUGCGCAGAUCAAUCGGUAUCAGCGAGCAUAUUCGCAGGCAAGAGGAUUGAGUGACGCUGUCUUCUCCUUGCCUAAAGACUCGUGGAUCAAGGGAUUUGAGAUAUUUCAAUCUGCUCUUCAAGGCAGAAAUACAAAACAAUUUGGAGAAGCAUAUGAAGCUUUUGCUUUGUACCAACAACAAAAUCUACAGAUAUGCCGGAGUCUCUGGGCCCGGUUCGACAUACCAAAUAUGAUUGUAGGUGUCUUCAUCUUGGCCGGCACGCUCCUUAUCCUGGCAUAUUUUGCUAGGUGUCAGUCGAUGCGAGGUGCGCCGUCAGCUUCAGAGUAUUUGCCUUCGAUGGCAAAGACUGGGGCCGCGACUCUUGUGGCUGCACUAUUAGGUGAGGCUUUGAUCUGGCGGACCAAGCUGCUAGAUGCUUCGUUAGGAGGACUAGCAGUGGGAAGCAUUCUAGGCUUUGUCGUCGCCUUUAUGCGUCUACCCUACGAUUGGGAGGUUCCUUCCCCCACAACCGUCUGGGGGUGGAUGGCCGUUGUCAUGACGAUUAGUCAGUCGAUUGGUUUUGCUUCGAAUUCCUACACGAUUUGGGAAGACGAGAUUCUCUUUUUCUUUCUGGUCGCUUUUGCCGCCAUGACGCUAUUGAGUUCAGCUAGAAGAGCGAAUACUUCUGAGCGUAUUUACGGAAUCAUGCAGUCCCUCAUUUUUGGGGUGCUGACGUUAUUGGCUUCCUUCUCGCGUCUUUGCCGCGAAGAACAGAUGCCAUACUGCAGAUCCACCUACUAUGCGUCCACGACUUCUUCCACUUCAGCGCCGUGGCAGCUGUUGAUUCCACUUGUAACAGCAACACUACUACCUUCCGUAGUCAAGGCAUAUUAUAAACGAACAAGCUCUUACGAAGGCAUUGCUACAAUCUGGAUUGGUUUCGUGUUGAGGAUUGGUCUACUUGCGGUCGCUAUAUUCUGGCUGUUGGAUGCUGCUGACGACAAUAAUUGGCUCACACUAGACACAGCGACUCUGAAGACCAUCAAGAUUGUUCUGGCUAGACUUGUACUUGGCGUCUCCCUUGUCGGAGGCGCAUCUGCCUGGAUAUAUGCGAAACCAUGCAUCAGCAUCCAGGUUGAGCAAAAGUACGAUGACAGUAUUGCAGAGCCCAAGAAGGUCCAAAUUUACGGCUCCUUGAACGCUCACGGAACUCGCUACUUUCUCCUUGUGAUCACUCUGCUCAUCGGGCUAAGCCUCCUUCAAAAGCCUAUGGGCAUUGGCUCCCUUACAAUCCUGACAAUCCAGAUUCUUUCGCUGAUGGAGAUCAUACACGUGAACGAUUUAUCGAAAAGCGCAAUAGGACCUGUGGUGCUAGCGGCAUUAGGCAGCUUUCACUUCUUCAAAACAGGCCAUCAAGCAACCCUCUCCAGCAUCCAGUGGGAGUCCGCUUUCAUUCCUCUAUCGGUCAUUCAAUAUCCUUUCUCCCCACUCCUAGUCGUGGCCAAUACCUACGGCGCCCAGAUACUCACCGCGGCGGCUGUGCCUCUGAUUGCAGUGUGGAAGCGGCCCGCCCGCCGAAACGGAUUAUUGGGCGAUGUCUCGAAUGCAUUGGGAACAUUCUUGCUCUACCAUGCUACUAUUAAUCUAGCAACAACGAUGUGGGCUGGACAUCUAAGGAGGCACUUGAUGCUGUAUAGAAUCUUCAGUCCCCGCUUUAUGACCGCUGCCGGACUACUCUUGGUUUUGGACCUGAUUGUGAUUUUGGUUGCAUGGCCGGCUUUUUGGUUCAACAUGCAUAGCAUUAGCGAAAUCUUUGGGUGGACAUGA